AUGCCUCUUUUGCACGCCUCCAACCUCUGUGCGCACCUGCAGAACGUUGCACGAGUGGGCCGACCCCUCACAUCCAUUCCUCACAACAAGCUCAACCUGCAAAUUGCCCUGGGUCUCUACCGUGAGGGUUUCCUUUCCGGCGUGCAGCGAGGAGACAUUUACGGCCCUGAUGCUGUCUACACAGAAACAACCCCCCAGAACGUGGCAUCGCGACGGCUGUGGAUCGAGCUCAAGUAUCGACAGAACCAGCCCGUUCUCAACAGCCUGAAGCUGGUCUCCAAGCCUAGUAGACGAAUGGUGCUGACCACCGAGGAGCUGCGACAGCUACAGCUUGGACGAAAGGUCAAGUUCGUCAACCCUCCCAAGAUUGGUGAGGUCAUUCUUAUCAAGACUCCCGGAAAGGACGGAAAUGUCAUCGACCUCAACGAGGCCUGCCGACGAUUCCUCGGCGGGGAGGUCAUCCUUCGAGCCUCUUAA